AUGAGUGCAUCGACCGCAAGCCGAGUGCCGGACGGACUCCUCAACGGCGAGAUGAGUGCUGGGGAGGAUAACGUGGGGAGUGUCGAACGAAACGUCGUGGAGGGUGUCGAACGGGACAUCGAGCAGCAUGCCGAGCAGCGGCCUCAUCAAUCUGCCGCCCCCGGAGCAUUGGAGGACGCCCCAGAGGAAACCCCCAUGGACACCCCCGAGGACCCCCCCUCCCCCCCUCCACCCUUCCCGACUGCUCUGGCCACGCGGCUGUACGUUUCCCACUUCCUGUCCACGUGGAACUCGCGCGUGUUUGAGUUUGCCGCCGUCCUGUUUCUGGCCGCCGUCUUCCCGGACACGCUGCUGCCCAUGUCGGUGUAUGCCGUCGUGCGCGGCGUGGCGGCCAUGGUCUUUGCCGAGGCCGUGGGCGCGUGCAUUGACCGCGUGGACCGGCUGGCCGCCGUGCGCGCGUCGAUCCUGGGGCAGCGCGUCGCGGUGGCCGUGAGCUGUGGUGUGUUCUGGGCGAUGCUGGCCAAGACCGCCGCCUCCCCGCCCGUCGCAUCCGGCCUCUUCGCCGUGGCCGUCGUCGCCGCGUGCGUCGAGAAGCUCGGGUCCAUCUUGAAUUUGGUGGCCGUCGAGCGCGACUGGGUCGUCGUCCUGACCGAGGGCAACGCGCCCGCGCGCCGCCGCGUGAGCGCGCGCCUGCGCCGCAUCGACCUGUUCUGCAAGCUCGUGGGGCCCCUCGCCAUUUCGCUGGUGGCGGCCGCGUCGCCGCGCGCUGCGCUGUGUGCCACGCUGGGCACGAGCACGGCCUCUGUCGGGGCGGAGUACUUUUGCAUCGCGGUGGUGUACCGGCGCGUGCCCGCGCUGCGGCGGCGGCCGGCCGCGUGGGACGACGCUGCUGUGGCGCCCAGGACCACGGCAACGACCUUCUGGCACGCCACCAAAGCGGUCGGCCGCCGUCUGCUGCCGUUUGCGUCGCUGCCCUUUUACGUGCGCCACCCGGCCUUUCUGCCCUCCUUCGCGCUCGCCCUCCUGUACCUGACCGUGCUCUCCUUCUCGGGCCAGAUGGUCACCUUCUUGCUCGCCACCGGCUACACCCCGCUGUACGUCGGCCUGGCCCGCACGGCCAGCACCGUCUGUGAGCUGUCGGCCACCUGGAUCGCGCCCCGCCUCAUGGGCCGCCUCGGCGUCGUCCGCGGUGGCAUCUGGUCGCUGUCGUGGCAGGCCCUGUGGCUGACGGCCGCCACGGCCGUCUUCUGGGGCCUGCCCGCUGCCAGCCCCCCAGGGGCCACCGCCGGCGCCACCGCCUUGGCCGUCGGCGUCGCCCUCAGCCGCAUCGGCCUCUGGGGCUACGACCUCUGCGCGCAGAGCCUCGUCCAGGACGAGGUCGCCGACGCCCACCGCGGCGCCUUCUCGUCCGCCGAGGCCGCCGCCCAGAACCUCUUUGAGGUCCUCGCCUACGCCACCACCAUCGUCUGGGCCCGCCCCGACCAGUUCCGCUGGCCCGUCGUCGUCAGCGUCGCCGCCGUCUACACGGCCUCCGCGCUCUACACGGCCUUUGUGCGCCGCCGCCGCGGCCACCUGUUCCACUCGCCGCUGCCGCCGGCGCAGCGCUGGCUGGACAAGGCGUUGUCGGGGCGGCGGGGGGUGGACGCGUAG